GGCAAAGCACAGCUUGCUUCUUUGCCCUCUCCCCAUGAACGAGCAUCGUACUGAACUUCUGUCAUUGUACGUGCACGAGCUAAACUGUUUGCGUAGCGAGAUGUUGAAAAUGGCGGAGUAUAGAGACCAACGCGACAAUUAAAAUAUUAGUUAACCGUGAAUGACAAUUUCAAAACAAACGCAAGUUCUAUUUCGGAAUAACUUAAUUUAAGGAGAGACAUGGAGUAUAGUUGAACACAUCGAAUUGGUUUUGAAACUGGCUUUGAAUUAGCUAGCGUUGCUAAUCUCGCUAGUUUCAAUAGUGUGAUUUAUUUUUUUUUUAUCGCAGGUUUGUUUGUCAACAUUAGAUGACGUUUAGCCACCAACCAACUUUUCCCUUACCAGUGCCAAACUACAGCACCAGAUCACAUUGUCCAUAGCGUUUGGAAGAGACUUUUACGGAGCGGCGGAUCAGAAAAUCAAGGCAACCGAACUAAUGUUAGCUGGUUGGCUAACUCACGGCUUUAGCUGACAAAUAUUUACAUUAAAUUAGCCACCUAAUGCAUAGUAAUUGCGCAUCUAACGUGACAACUCUGAUAGCUAGAUUGCAUUGAAAUCGAAUAAAUACAGAAGAGAAUCACCAAUCAACUUAUAAGGGGCCUGAGAAACAGGUCCAGCUCGCUCGCCCCUCCCCAAGUGGGAUGGUGCUACAUGACGGGGAGGCCAUGGCGCCGUAGCCCCCUUUCCUGGAUCCUGCCAGCCAGCCCGCCACACCACCUCCCCCCUCAGAGCAGAGGACCACCGCCACAGCAGCCCCCCCCAUGAGUCACCCUGUGGAGCCCUAGAUCAAGUGUGCUAAAGCUCAGAAUGAGUGCUGUAGGGGAAAGGGCACUGGACCCUGCCACAUCAGAGCCUCGUAAGAGGAAGGGCUCGCUAUGCGACAUCUCAGGCCAGAGUGUGGAGAAGCGGCGGCGAGAGCUGGAGUGUCGUUACAUAGACGAGCUGGCCGAGCUCCUGUCUGCCAACAUGGGCGACAUCGCCAGCCUCAACGUCCAGCCAGACAAGUGCCACAUCCUCAAGAGCACCGUGGACCAGAUCCAGCAGAUCAAACGGCGCGAGCAGGACCAUACAAACGCUUCACACCGCGUGGCCGCCGCAGAAAGCGUCUCUAAUAUCACCAGAGGACAAGGUGCAGAGGAGUGA